GUUUCAGACAAGGGAUAUACUACCAUCCUGAACAAACAAAGCCCCUCCUCUUGUUUGUACCUUGUUUUUUUUUAUAACAGCUCAAGCACAGGGAGAGGAGGGUUGAGGAGAGUAAACAAGAAAAAAAAGAGAGAGAGAUGGCAGCAACAGCCUCCCUGAAGAGCAGCCUCCUGCUACCAUCUCCUAUCUCUGACUUCAGUAGUGCAGCACUCUCCAUCUCAACCCAGGCUAGGAGGAGGUCAUGGCAGCCAAGGGGGGCAAGGAUGCAGGUAGCAGCAGCUGCAGACUCCAAGAACAUUCUUGUGAUGGGGGGAACCAGGUUCAUUGGUGUCUUCUUGUCCAGGCUCCUUGUCAAGGAGGGGCACCAGGUCACAUUGUUCACUAGAGGAAAGGCCCCCAUUACCCAGCAGUUGCCAGGAGAGUCAGAUGCAGAGUAUGCAGAGUUCUCUUCAAAGGUGUUGCACUUGAAAGGUGACAGGCAAGACUUUGAUUUCGUUAAGACAAGCCUUGCGGCAAAGGGCUUCGAUGUUGUUUACGACAUAAACGGGAGAGAAGCUGUUGAGGUAGCCCCAAUCCUAGACGCAUUGCCGAACCUUGAACAGUACAUCUACUGCUCAUCAGCAGGAGUGUACCUGAAAUCAGACCUGCUCCCGCACUUCGAGACCGACGCCGUCGACCCGAAGAGCCGGCACAAGGGGAAGCUGGAGACGGAGAGCCUGCUGGAGACCCGGGACGUGAACUGGACGUCGAUCAGGCCGGUGUACAUCUACGGCCCGCUCAACUACAACCCCGUGGAGGAGUGGUUCUUCCACCGGCUCAAGGCUGGCCGCCCCAUCCCUGUCCCCGGUGCCGGCAACCAAAUCACCCAGCUCGGCCAUGUCAAGGACUUGGCGACGGCGUUCGUGCUGGCGCUCGGCAACCCGAAGGCGAGCAAGCAGGUGUUCAACAUCUCCGGCGCCAAGUACGUCACCUUCGACGGUCUAGCACGGGCGUGCGCCAAGGCUGGAGGAUUCCCCGAGCCGGAGAUCGUCCACUACAACCCCAAGGACUUCGAUUUCGGGAAGAAGAAGGCCUUCCCCUUCAGAGACCAGCAUUUCUUCGCGUCAAUCGAGAAGGCGACCUUGGAGCUCGGGUGGAAGCCGGAGUACGACCUGGUGGAGGGCCUCACCGACUCGUACAACCUCGACUUCGGCCGCGGCACGUUCAGGAAGGCGGCCGACUUCACCACCGACGACAUGAUCCUCGGCAAGAAGCUCGUCAGCGUCUGAGCUCGCCGCCGUCCUUUCCGGACAGCGGACGGAUUGCUUGCUGCGCGACGCGAGCGGCUGACCGGCCGGGCCGCCAUGGCCGGUGGGCAGGAGCAAGCGGAGACGGUUUCAGUUUUGUUAUCAACGCUGGUUUGGUACAAUAUGGAUAGUUGGAUACACGCGUACAGGCGUAAGCUGCAAUGUAUUGGGAUUGGGAAACUGUAAGAUGUGAUACAAGGGAGACUAAACUUCAUCUAAUAUAUAUGAUAUAACUAGCAAAAUGCGUGUGCUUCA